GGCUACUGAGGGCAGUGCCCUGACAGCUCACAGAGCUGCCUGAUGGCUUUGUGCACAGCCAGGUGAUUACCAGAGGGCACCAAAGCCAGCUGGGUCCAGGAAAACCCCAAACCCCACAGGACUGCCCCAUAAGUGUCCGUGGGCUUUCAAGGUCCUUUCCCUGGCCGUCACAAGGAGCUGAGACCAGGGCCCCUUCCUGAAACAGCCCAAAUGACAAACUUGCAAAUCACACCCAGGCACCAGCCAGCCCGGGUGGAUGGGGCCCCACCCAGCAAAGGCAAAAGCCGAGUGUGGGCGCCCCCUGCUGGCCACAGGGGUGGUGGUCGGGCCAGGGCCACACCCAGCCCAACACAGGCCUGGAACAGGCUGGCCGCCAGAGGAAGCGAGAGUCGGACCCCACAGUCCUGAGGAGGUAGGGUGGUCGCCUUGCACAGUCCUUGGGUUGCUCUUGACUCUGCAGUGAUUGCCGAGCACAGCUGGGCAUGGCCCAAACACCAGCGUCCCCAGCCAGGCCGGUCCUCAGAACUGCAGGGACCCUUAGUACCGGCAGGGAGGAGGUACGAUGCCCAGCACUGCCAGGUGCAGGCUAAGCCCCAGGGGUCUCGGAGGAGCCCUGACCCGCUGCCCCACCAUGCCCGCAGGAGCAGUCCCGCCAUGCCCGAACCACAUCUUGCAGGCCGUGGACAACCACCUCAGCAGCAUCCAGGAGCGCUUUCUGUGGGUCAUGCUGGUGCCCGAGUUCCUGGUGGCUGUGGCGGGCAACGGCCUGGCACUGUACCGCUUCCGCACACGCGAGCCACGUCCGUGGCACCCGGGCGUGGUCUUCUCAGCCCAGCUGGCCACGAGCGACCUCCUCUAUGCCCUCACGCUGCUCCCGCAGGCCGCCUACUUCUACCCCCCCAAGCAUUGGCGCUACGGGCUGGCCCUGUGCCUCCUCGAGCGCUUCCUCUUCACCUGCAACCUGCUGGGCAGCACCGUGUUCAUCAGCUGCAUCAGCCUGAACCGCUACUUGGGGGUGGUGCACCCCUUCUUCACCCGCAGCCACCUGCGGCCCAAGCACGCCUGGGCGCUGAGCGCAGCGGGCUGGGCGCUGGCUGCUGUGCUGGCCGCGCCCACCUUCCACUUCACCCGCCUCCAGGUGGCCCAGCCGUGCGGCAACAGCUCAGCACAGGUGCCCGAGGGCUGCACGCGGUGCCUGGGCACGGCGAGCAACAGCAACCUGGAGGCCUUCUGGGCCUACAGCCUGGUGCUGGCGGGGCUGGGCUGCGGGCUGCCGCUCCUGCUCACGCUGGCGGCCUACAGUGCCCUGGUGCGGGCUCUGCAGCGCAGCCCCAGCGUCACGGCGGCCGAGAAGCGGCGCGUGGCGGUGCUGGUGGCCAGCGGCCUGCUCCUCUAUGCCACCUCCUACGUGCCCUACUACGUCACCCGGGUGCUCAACCUCUCUGCGCGCCGCUGGUGGAACCGCCAAUGCCCCCAAUUUGCCAAUGUGACCCAGGCCCGGGAGGCGCUGGACCUGGGCGCCUACAACGCUUACCAGGUAGCCCGGGGUCUGGUGCCGCUGGCCAUGUGCGUCCACCCACUGCUCUACAUGGCCGUGGCGUCCAGCCUGCGCUGCUGUCACCCGCGCCAGCCCGGGGGCGAGGACCCGGAUGCCAAGAGCUCCGGGCAGGCCCUGCCACUCGCUGGCACAACUACCCGCCGGGUCUCUGAGACCCCAGAGCUGCGCCCACCAACAGGCCCAUCCUGAGUCCUGAGCUCUCGGGCCGGGCGAGGCCAGCGGGGCACCAACGCUGGAGCAGUGAGACUUUCCACACCC